AUGAUAACCCUAAUUGACACUGCGGACACAACACAUUCUGCCAAACCAAGAAUACUAGUACCUUAUAAGAAGUUAUGGGAAGUGGCCAGUCAUCUUCCUGAAUACCAAAAACUGUCUGAAAAAGUGGAAUUCUACAAGUAUAAAAUGUCUACAAAUGACGACUUUAUUGAGUUUUUGAAAACCCACAGAAUAAACGCCUUUUGGAUAACUGAGGAAUUUUUCAGUGUGUUGGGGAACCCUUCCAACUACAUUGAAUUCUUCCCAUCUUCUUUGAAGGCCAUCCUGGUACCUUGGGUCGGGUGCGAUUUUAUUAAUAGUAAACUGUUGAGAUCGAAAGGUAUCACUUUAUGCAACAUCGGACCACACGCUGCUGACAACGUCACGGAAUUAGCCAUUUUCCUGACCAUAAGUUGCUUCAGGAUGACUUCAUUUUGGGAAUACUGCUUCAAGUAUAUUGAAAAUGGUAGCGUUGAACAGUGUAAGAAAUACAUUUCAAGCGGCUCGUAUGAAACCAUUACAGACAAAUACCAUAAUCAGGGAAUAAAAUUCCCCCAAAGAACUGACCGUGUUCAAAAUGACGGAAAGGUAGUGGAUUUGGCAAGAAAUUACAAUGUUGGUGGAAAGAUUGUGGAUUCACCAAUGAACAAGACAACUUUGAUCCUAGGCUUUGGCUCUAUUGGUCAAACCAUAGGGGCUCAUUUGCAAAGAACCUUUAAUAUGAACAUCGAGUAUUAUAAAAGAUCCGGACCCGUCCAGAAAGAUCUACUUCUUUACGAUGCCAUGUACCACUCUGAUCUCGAUGAUCCAGACACUUGGAAAAAUGCUGACCUGAUUGUUUUGUCCCUACCAGGAACACCAUCCACAAAUGAUAUAAUCAACCGUAAAACUUUGGCGAUGUGUAAAGAUGGUGUCAGGAUAGUCAACGUCGGAAGGGGCACAUGCAUAGAUGAAGAUUCCCUCUUAGACGCUCUUGAAUCUGGUAAAGUGACAAGUUGUGGGCUGGACGUCUUCAAAAAUGAGGAAACCGGCGUCAAGCAGGAAUUACUACGUAGAUGGGAUGUCACGGCACUACCACAUAUCGGUAGCACGGUAGCCGACAUGAUCUUGAAACAAACGCUUAUUACGUUGGAGAAUGUCCAUGACAUAUUUGUCAACGGGGGCGAGGGUAAAUACGUGCUUAACUAA